CGUGCCGGUGGUGCACCGCGGGCUGCGCGACAGGUCGGGAGAUACCAAGAAGCGCGCGGCGCGGACGGUGGGGUCGAUGUGCUCGCUGGUGAACGAUGCCAAGGACAUGGGCCCCUACGUGCCGCUGCUGCUGCCGGAGCUGCAGAAGUCGCUGGUGGACCCGCUGCCGGAGGUGCGGGCGGUGUCGGCGCGGGCCAUCGGCUCGCUCAUGAAGGGCAUGGGCCAGGACGCGUUCGGCCACCUGGUGCCCUGGCUGCUGGACACGCUGUCCAGCGAGAGCAGCAGCGUGGAGCGAAGCGGGGCGGCGCAGGGUCUAGCGGAG